AUGUGGCGUUACGCCGAUCUGCUACCGGUAGAUGGUGAACCGACUGAUGGCACCCACACUGGGUUUACACCUCUUGUUCGAGCUAAAAAUCUCGCAGACGCGCUUGGGAUCAAGGAACUCUAUAUCAAAGAUGACACCGUCUGCCAUCCCACCUUUUCUUUCAAAGAUCGGGUGGUAGCAGUCGCCUUGAGCAAAGCGAAAGAAUUCGGUUUUGACACCGUUUCUUGUGCCUCCACUGGCAACCUCGCUAACGCUGUCGCCGCACACGCUGCCAUCGCGAAACUGAAUUGCUUCAUUUUCAUCCCCGCAGAUCUCGAGGUUGGUAAGGUCGUUGCAUCCCUCGUUUAUGGUCCUACAGUCGUGCGUAUCACCGGCAAUUAUGACGAUGUCAAUCGACUCUGUAGUGAAAUUGGCGGGAUCUAUCCGUGGGCAUUUGUUAACAUCAACAUCCGCCCUUUCUACGCUGAAGGCUCGAAAACCCUCUGCUUUGAAUUGAUCGAACAACUCGGUUGGAAGGCACCCGCACAUAUCGUCGCACCUGCCGCCGGUGGUUCUCUGGUCACAAAGAUUGGCAAAGCUUUAAAAGAAUUCCACAUUUUGGGAUUAAUAGAUAAACCGAACACUAAAAUCCAUCCUGUUAGACCCAACACCAUCGCUAAAUCCCUCGCUAUUGGAAAUCCCGCAGACGGCAUCUAUGCUGUUGAUACAGUCCGGAACUCCGGAGGGGUCGGCGAGCACGCCACCGAUAUUGAGAUCGUGGAUGCCAUCAAACUCAUCGCUUCCACGGAAGGUAUCUUCACUGAAACCGCUGGUGGGGUCACACUCGCCGUCGCGAAAAAAUUGAUAGAGAACGGGCACAUCGGACCUGAUGAACCUACAGUUCUCGCCAUCACAGGCAACGGACUCAAAACCGUUGAAGCACUUGAGAACAAAACUGAUAUAUCACAUAUCAUUGCCCCGCAACUCAACGCUUUUCGGAAGUUGAUGACGGAAGUUGAUUAG